AUGAAUGCCAAGAUUAGGCUUACAACUCCAGCGCCUCUAGCGCCGCCGCUCCACUUAGUGUCCUUGGAGAAGAAGACGCCGUCACCAGACUCAUCAAGACCGCCAAGCACGCGAACAACAUCAAGUCAUCAUCGCGAACCGACCCCCGACGACCUCAAAUCCGCUAAAGAACCAGAAUCACACAUUCUUUUGAGUCGCGAUCAAUCACCCCCGCCGCAGUAUCCCGCCUCCGAACCUUCAACCUCUCGUCCUCCCCCCUUCUCGUCGCUCUUUACCUCCCCGCCGCACGACGCUCACGAGCGUCCCGACAAAUUCGUCGCUUUUACCGCUCAUUCUCCUUGCGAAGCAGAAGCAUCAGGCUCAGCUGCACCAGCAUACGAAUCUUCUUCACCUAGAGAAGCUCUCCCCUUUGAUCCGGAUCAAAGCACUACUGCAUUCCGCGAUCCAGUCGCAGAGACCAAGCGCGCACUUCCUCGGGAUACCAAGGGAGAUUCUAGUCGCAAAGACGACGACGCAGAACCGCCUCCGGCUUAUUCAGAAGAGGGCGAUAGUCCCCUUUCCACAUUCUCUUUCCUAAUGGCUGCCGCAGGAGGAGCUGCGAGUAUUAUUACUCAGGUGCAACAGGGAGGGCCACCUGUUAGCACUCUUGGAGAUGUUGGUGCCGAUGAGACGAUUGCUAUGGACCUAAGGGGCACAAGGUUUUAUCUCUCUAGGGACGAGCUGCUUACUUUGCCCGAGUUUGUGCUGCUUUCUUUGUUCCCGAAUGGAUUGUUCCCUGAGGGCCAAAUGGGCGGCUUUGCAGACGGCGAUGCAGUACAAGUCGACUACGACCCAGCUUCACUUCAGUACAUGCUUGACUUCUUUAGGGACGUAGCACAAUCUAUCCCCACAGAUGGAUCACCAAAUGCGUCUCAGGAUGAGGAUACGCCUUCUCUUGGCACCUCGCGUGACGACUCUAAGCGAGCCGGUAUCAUUGUGUUGCGUGAGGACCUUGACUUUUAUGCUAUCCCUCCACGAGCGGAUAUUGGCCCGCUUGAUAUGAUUGCCGUGAAACGGGCAGCAGCAGAGGCUUUGCAGCAGCAGAACGGCAUCUUUUCGGGUCUCAAGCGAAGCGACGAGCCGGGUACUACUGAGGCCCACUUGAUCGAGAUGCUGACGGCAGGUGGUUUCAACCAUGAUGAUCGAUGGGGCCAUCGAGCUGGUGAGCCUAACAAGGCCGUCAUCUGCAGUCUGGCUCUUGCCCGUCUACGCAGCGACAUCCGGGGUAACGAGAUGGGCACUAAUGCUGUUGGUAUGGCCCAGAAACUUCUGCUCUUCUGGCGUAAACCUGCUCGGCGAUGCUGGUGGGAGGGUGUCGAGCUUGAGAAUGUUGCAGGUGUCGAGGGCAAGCUCAAAGUCUGGAUCCGAAGAGUAUGGACCCUCGAGAUGAGUGUUAUUGGCCUGCGCUAG